AGAAAGAUGAAAGGGAUUAUUGAGGUGAUAUCACUUUUUCUAGGAUUUGUGAGCUGGGUCAUGGUUUUUGUAGCGCUGCAAAACCAGUACUGGAGAGUGUCCACUCAAGAUGGUAGCGUCAUUUUAACCUCUGCGAUCUUUGAGAACCUGUGGAUGUCUUGUGCUAGUGAUUCAGCAGCCUACAACUGCCGAGAAUUUCCCUCCCUGUUUGCUCUCCCAGGGUACGUUCAGGCCUCCCGGGCACUCAUGAUUACCUCCAUCGUGCUUGGGAAGUUUGGACUGGUGGCCACGCUGGUGGGAAUGCGCUGCUCAAAAGUAGGAGGCGAAAACUACACUUUGAAAGGAAAGAUCGCUGCAAGUGGAGGGCUCUUCUUUUUACUACAAGGGAUUUGCACUAUGAUUACUAUAUCUUGGUAUGCAGCCAACAUCACGCGAGACUUUUUUAAUGAGCUUUACCCAGGAAUUAAGUACGAGUUCGGAGAAGCCCUGUACAUCGGCUGGUGUUCUGCCACACUCGCCAUCUGUGGAGGUUCACUCCUGAUGUGUUCCUCCCAACUCAAAACACCCAGGGAAAAAACGAGCUAUUCACACAGACGAGCAGAAGUAGGACGUGUUCUGUCAACCGUGUCGACGCCUCACUCUGUGCCAAGCAGCUUCAGUAAAAAAGUGUAUGUCUAAAAAAAACAAGAAAAUAAGAAAAUGAAAUGUGAUUAUUUUGAAUACAGUAUAAGGGAAGUGUUUAUAAUGAAAAAUCUUGUUUGUUAUGGUUAAAGAGUAGUAACUUUAAUUUAUUGGCUUUAUACAAAUCAGACUUUUUAUGUAUAUUAAAUGUAUAGAUGCUCUGAAAAUGUUCUACAGGUCUACCUUUUUUUAACCUUAGACACUCGUGUUAUUAUAAAAACGUAAAAAAAAGUGAAAUGCU